CCAAACAAAGAUUUACUAAAUAGACUAGUGAAGAGUAGCAAGAGUGAUCGUCUGAUGGGUCCCCUCCUCUAUCACGAUAUUGUCUUUUUGCUACGAUUACUCGCUUGCAUUGAAAAACGAACUAAACCAAUGGAGCAAUAGUUUACGAUUUGUGAUUGAAUUCGUGUGUGAUAUUAAAAAAACUCCGUUUUGUGGUGUACCGUGUGCUGUUGUAGUGUCUGCAUUCCACUCUGGAAUGUUUCGGAUGUGAAGGAUAUACACUGUGAUGAGAAUGAAAAAGCAAAACGGAAUGAGCAUAAUUUUUCAAUACUAGUUGUCUAGUGCAAUACGUGUAUGGGUACCGAGAGGAAGCCAAGAAAAAAUGAGUGCACUCUGAAACGAAAGUGAAUCUGAGGGUGUAAUUAUGGACACAUUCCCUUUGGCUCUUCAAGGCUAUCGUGUUUGCGAUUACUACUGUUGGUGAGUUCUAAGUGGCAGGGAGAAGAAUCAUUGGGAGGAGACGACGUGCGAACAGUGCCUACCUAGGUCGACCAACUAGCAAGUGAAAGAAUAAACAACGACGUAGCUUUUGCUCCUCUAAGUGUGUCCUAAAUGUGUGCUGUAAAACAGAGAUUAAAGGUCAUAGCUACGGUCGGCAGCAAAUACUGAUAUAAAGAACCACACGAUGGUGUACAGUGGUGUGUAUCAUUCGCACUACCUGAUGCGACCACCGCCGACAUCAUCCGCAACAUCUCUGCCUACUUCUGCCGUUGUUGCUACCCGGGAAACCACUCCAUCAUCGCUGUUGUUCACAAACGGGUCAAUUUUAGCCGGGAACGAAGCUUUAGUUUCCACUGUGCUACCACCGUUUUCACUAUAUCUAUCAUUGUUCUUAGCCGAAGAAGACGCGUACAGGAAGCAGCAGGAGCAACAGCAAAACCCUCAAUCGCUCAGCAGUGUGUCACAAAUAAACCAUUGGGCGCAACGGAGUAACUGUUAGUCAAAAGUUUUUAAACUAAAGCAAGAUAGUAACUUGUACGAGGGAUCUCGACGUGCGGAAAAACACUAGCGCACUGUAUAUGUGUAGUAAAAGCUAAGGAUACGACGAGGAAUUUGUCACAAAAGUUCUCUCAAACGUUAAGGCAUAGUGAGGGAGAAAACCUAAUCGGUUUUAGCGGAAGCAAUGUAUUCCGACAGUAUCUCGGAGCUGGACACGAUAGCCAAUGUGAUCGGACUGCGGGGCGUCGGAACGAGUACAUUAACUAAAUUCUUGGAAAUGUGGUACCACGUCUUCCUGUGGGCGCUAUUCUCGUCAAUCAUCGUACAUACUGGUGCGGCAGUAGUUGCGUUUGCUACACUGCGUAAGCACAAGUUCGGUCGAUUCUUCUCGAUCUUUAUCCUGGUGAUGGGUGUGGUCUCUCCGGUUACCGGAGGCACCGUCAGCAGUGCCACCAUAGCAUUUGUGCACAGAGCGUCAAACCUGCCGAUGUCACCGAUUCUGGCCAUGGUGUACGGCUUUGGACAAACUAUUUUGUCCGCCUGUCUCGGAUUCACGCGGCUCCUGGCGACGUUGUAAAUGCGGUUGGGUUGAACACUCGCAAAUGCUUUGCUUCGAGUGUAUCAACUCGAACGCAUCGGAGACCACAUUCACGUAUGAGCAUAUACACCGCGCAUGCAUCUUUGUUUCCGUAAUAGUUAAACAUUCUAAGAAGAGCAAAAUGCUAAUCAUUUUACUAUAGUCCAGUUUUAUCAAAAUGCGUAAGAGGAGAAGAAAAAAACUAAUAAAAAUUGGAAUCCCGCGUUUCCAGGGAAAACAAUACAAGGGCCAUACUCGACCGAUACACGGGGAGACGAGAAAACUAUUUCAAUAAUUUUGUUUUAAGAUAAGCAGACAGGCAAAUCAAUGAUACAAAUACGAUAAACCGCAAACAAGUGUAAACCAAGUAAAAUGUUAAGACUAAGGAAUAAUCUGCUAGUAAUGUAAGGCAGAAAGGAGAAACAUUGCAGAAAGCUAUUAUACAUAUAGUAAAAGUAACAAAAAACUAGUGAUAUAUACCUUAAAGAGUAAUUAAAAUCAAUUGUUUAGUAGCAAACCGUAUUGGGCAGAACAAUCCUAGUAAACAAAGAAAAAUCGCCACUAAUGAAAAAUCUUUAUAUACGCUAUCGUCAUCAACAAACAAAUCACUAGAUAUCAGAGCAAACACUAAACACAGAAAUGUUGUUGCUUUCAACAUUCGUUUCAUUUGCUUUGCAGUUUCACCCUAUUCAUCACAGCUCCGUGAGCACAUUUUAUCAUAUCUCUAUCAUAGUGAAAAGGAGGAAAUUAUUUAUUUGUCAUUUUGCGCUUUCUUUCAUUUUGACUCCCCGUUUCUUACACACUAAUCCACACGUUGAAACGCCGAAAUGCUUUCGGUCCAAUUAGCGUUUUCUCCUCACACAGCUCGGAUUCUAUGUAUAAAUCGUUGAAAAUAAAAUCAUUUUGCUUACAUUUUCAUCACUCUGCUCAAUUUCUCUGUAAUUACGCUAGAGAAACGUAAUAUGUAUAUGUAUAUUUUGUUAGAAUUUCGAAGAAAGAAGCGGAAACGUAAAUCUUAGGUUCUAGGUGGCAAGAAUCAAGGGAAACAACAAUAUGUUUUAGUGCAAACGUAUGGAAUAGAAAGGAAGGAGUGGAAGGCUUGAGAAAGUGUUGUGUUUAGGCUGCAAUCAAACUCUCUCUCUCUAUAAAUACAAAAUAAGCUGAACAAUGAAGCUCCUUCUCGAGGCUUAGAAUGAAGCAGGUUUUAAUCAUAAUAAAUAGUGAAAGUCCAUGAACGAUAGUA